CGGAACCUCAGCCUUCGGCCUGCAGUGGCGCCGGGUGCGUUUUGCAGCGCGGUUUCCGGGAGGCUCUGUUCCUUUGCAUGCGGCGCGGUAUCCCGAGUUGCAGUCAGCCAUGGCCCCUCGGGUCUGGCGUCGACGGACCUUGGAGCGGUGCCUGAGGGACGUUGGUAAAGCAACCGAGCGGCCGGAGCGCUUCCUCACCAUUCAAGAUGAACUGGCAUCAAACUUUACUUCUUUAACAAAAGUACUUUAUGACUUUAAUAAAAUCCUAGAGAAUGACAGGAAACAUGGAAGUCCUUUACAAAAACUGAUGAUACGUAAUUUUGAUGAUGAGCAGAUUUGGCAGCAACUAGAAUUGCAAAAUGAACCAAUCUUACAGUACUUCGAGAAUGCAGUUAGUGAAACCAUUGAAGAUGAAGACCUCAGUCUUCUCCCAGAGAGUGAAGAGCAGGAGUGUGAGGACGAUGUCUCAGCAAUGGAGGCUGGCAGCCAGGAGGACCUGGGACAAGAUGUGGAGGAGGAGGAGGAUGAGGAGGAGGAAGAGGAAGUGUCAUACCUGAGUGGUGGUGAUCCUGGAGGGAUCGAAAGAGCUAAAAACUCCAGCAAAUUGGAUUUGAGUAAAAGCCCAGAUUUCAGUGACGAGGAUUCUGAUCUGGACUUUGAUAUCAGCAAAUUGGAGCAGCAGAGCAAGGUGCAAACUAAAGUGCCCAGGAAACCAACCGAGAAGUCCGAAGUAGACGACAAAUUCUUCAAACUAUCUGAAAUGGAGACCUUUUUAGAAAACAUGGAAAAGGAAGAGGAACAAAAAGAAGAGGAGGAGGAGAUUGAUUUUUUUGAAGAUGUUGAUUCUGAUGAAGGGGAAGGACUGUUUGGAAGUCAGAAUCUUAAGUCAGGUAAAAGUUCCAGAAACCUGAAAUACAAAGAUUUCUUUGAUCCAGUUGAAAGUGAUGAAGACGCAGCAGGUGUUCAUGAUGAUGAGCUGGGUUCAAAUGAAGAGGAGGAAAUUGCCGAAGAAGAAGAAGAUAGCAUUUCUGACAUGGAUGAAGAUGAUGACCUUGAAGAAAGUGAGAAUGGUAAACGUAGAGAAACCUUGAAAAGAGUGACCUUUGCUCUACCAGAUGAUGAGGAAACUGAAGAUACAGAUACCUUAAAUGUACAGAAAGAUUCUGAUGAAGUCAAAUCCUCUUUUGAAAAAAGACAGGAAAAGAUGAAUGAAAAAAUUGCAUCUUUGGAAAAAGAGUUGUUGGAAAAAAAGCCCUGGCAACUUCAAGGAGAAGUGACAGCACAGAAGCGACCAGAGAACAGCCUCCUGGAAGAGACGCUCCACUUUGACCACGCGGUCCGCAUGGCACCUGUGAUCACAGAGGAAACCACUCUGCAACUGGAAGAUAUCAUUAAGCAGAGGAUAAAAGAUCAGGCUUGGGAUGAUGUCGUACGCAAGGAAAAACCUAAAGAGGAUGCCUUUGAAUAUAAAAAGCGUAUAACACUAGACCACGAGAAGAGUAAGCUGAGCCUUGCUGAAAUCUAUGAACAGGAAUACAUCAGACUCAACCAGCAAAAAACAGAGGAAGAAGAAAACCCCGAGCACGUGGAAAUUCAGAAGAUGAUGGAUUCCCUCUUCUUAAAGUUGGAUGCCCUCUCAAACUUCCACUUCAUCCCUAAGCCGCCUGUCCCAGAGAUUAAAGUUGUGUCCAACCUGCCAGCCAUCACCAUGGAGGAUGUGGCCCCCGUGAGUGUGAGCGACGCGGCUCUCCUGGCCCCCGAAGAGGUCAAGGAGAAAAAUAAAGCCGGAGAUAUAAAAACAGCAGCUGAGAAAACAUCUACGGACAAGAAACGAGAAAGGCGGAAAAAGAAGUAUCGCAAGCAUAUGAAAAUAAAGGAGAAAGAAAAGCAGAGAAGACUCGUGGAAAAGAGCAACCCAGAUCAAGCGGGAAAAUGGACCAAAGCAGUAGCUUCCGAGAGGUUAAAGCAGCUGACCAAGACGGGCAGAGCUUCGCUGUUAAAGGAUGAAGGGAAAGACAAAGCCUUGAAGUCAUCGCAAGCAUUCUUUUCUCAGUUACAAGAUCAAGUGAAAAUGCAAAUCAGUGAUGCGAAGAAAACAGAAAAGAAAACAAAGAAGAAGCAGGAUGUUUCUGUGCAUAAAUUAAAGCUGUAAUAUAUUUUGAACAUAAUGUAAAUAUGAGUGCUUAAGGUUACAUUCUGUCAUUAUUAUGUUUUAUAAUAAAAACUUUUUGAGAGCUUU